AUGUCACACCAAUCCACCACCUUCAACGUGCCUCCGGGCUUCCAGAGCGUCCAGGUUCGCAUAAUAGAUUCCACAACCCGAAUUGGCAAUAUACUGUUGGAAUUUUUAAUGGAACCUCCCAUGGAAUCUAUGAAACACAUGCCUAUCCUUCCUGCCUGGUCAUUCUUGAUCGAACAUCCGUCGGGUCAGAAGAUUCUCUAUGACCUUGGUGUUCCUCGAGACUGGCACACAUUUGCGCCAGCAGUCGCAGAACCUCUCAAGGGAAGAGGAUGGAAAAUUGAAGUCGAGGAAGAGGUAAUCGACAUUCUCGAGAAAGGAGGAAUCGCGGCAAGCGAAAUUUCAAGUAUUAUUUGGAGCCACUGGCACUGGGACCAUAUUGGAGAUCCCUCGCGAUUUCCUGGCUCUACUGAGCUCAUUGUCGGGCCUGGUUUCAAGGCCGAGUUUCUUCCUGGAUAUCCGGCGAAGCCAGAUUCUCCAGUCCGCCAGAGUGACUUUGCUGGACGCAAUUUACGCGAAAUUGACUUUCGAGAUUCGGUCCAAGUUGGCCAGUUCCAAGGACACGAUUUCUUUGGUGAUGGUUCAUUCUACAUCAUAGAUAGUCCCGGUCACGCCAUUGGCCACCUUGGUGCAUUAGCACGUACAACAACCAAUCCAGACACAUUUAUCUUUAUGGGAGGGGAUCUCUGCCACCAUAGCGGAGAAAUCAGGCCCUCUAAACACAUGCACAUUCCUCAGGAUAUUCAACUAAGCUCAACUAUUCCAACUUCACUUCCAUGCCCCGGAGCUCUCGUAUAUCAGGAGCUGCUGAUAGAGCGGACUGGGUCUAUAGAAAUGCCAUUUUUCCGACCGAACAUGGGCUUGGAUAUCAAACAGGCAAUGGACACUAUUGAGAAAGCACAAGAAGCGGAUGCGGAAAGUAACGUCUGGUUCAUAUAUGCUCAUGACUCCAGCUUGCUAGGAAUUGUUGACCUAUUUCCCUUAUCGGCCAAUGAGUGGAAAAAAAGAAAUUGGCGGGAGAAAACACUCUGGAAAUUCCUUCAAGACCUUGUACCGGCAGCAACUUGA